AUGGAGAAGUGGGCUGAUGGCUCCAAGUACGAGGGCGAGUUCCUUCAAGGUAGUAAGCACGGCAUGGGCACCUAUACCGCGGCCAACGGCAAGGUGGUCUAUGAGGGCCAAUUCUGUGGCGACCGCAUGGACGGGGAGGGCACCUACCACUUCUCCGAUGGGCGGGUCUACACCGGUGCCUGGCAGAGGGGGCACAUGUCAGGGAAUGGUACCAUGACCUGGCCGGAUGGCUCCAAGUACGAGGGCGAAUAUCAGAAUGACUUCCGCCAUGGCCAAGGGACCCUCACUUGGCCCGACGGCCGAAAGUACAAGGGGCAAUGGAACAACGGCAAGCAGGAUGGAGAGGGCGUGAUGAUCGACAGCCUUGGCAACGCGACCAAGAGCCGCUGGAAGAACGGCUCACCCCUGGAGGAGUGA